UCCACAGGCUGCAAGGAAACCAGAAGCCAUGUGGGCCCUGGUGGCUGCUGGUUCCAUCUUCUUUCUUGGACUCUUCAUAGUCUCCAAGCAGACUCUGAAACAAAUGUUGGGAUGGGCCGAAGGUGACGCGGCUAUCGUGUCCACACGUCUGGUGUCGUCGAUUCAGGCCAUCAUGGCUUCGUCGGUGGGCUGCAUCAUCAUAUCGUCUUGUUCAGAUGUCAUAGAGGACAAGCACUGGCUGACUGAUGCCUAUAUUCUCUUCGCCGCACCUUAUUUCAUCUACGACAUCUACGCCAUGUUUCUGUGCUACUGGCACAAGUUGCAGGUCAAAGGUCAUGAGGAGGAUGGCACGAGGUCGGUGCAUGGUGCCGUGGUGGGCUAUCUGCGGCGUGAGCUCCUGCUUGUGCUUCAUCAUGUCUUCAUGGUGGCUGCCUGCUGCCCUGCCUCACUGCUGUGGAGGCGGGGCCGGGGGGACUUCUUUCAGGGCGUCUUGUUUCUGGCGGAGCUCAGCACGCCGUUCGUCUGUCUGGGGAAAGUCCUGAUCCAGUUCAAACGACAACAAACCACUUUGCACAAAGUGAACGGAGCCGUCGUGCUGCUCAGCUUCUUCACCUGUCGAGUGCUGCUCUUCCCCUACCUGUACUACUCCUACAGCAAACACGCAUCCAUGCCGGUGUACGCGGUGCUGCUGGGGGCCCCGUGGCAGUGUAACAUGGGGGCCGCUUUUCUCUGGAGCCUCCAGCUGUACUGGUUCAUUCUGAUCUGCAGAGGGGCAUUGCGCCUUUUCACCAAACACUCACUGCCAUCUUUAAAGGGUGUCCGUGAUGAUGACAGUGUGCUAUUGGCCAACGGCUGCAGGGCGCCUCAGGAGGUACAACGAUGAGGACUGUCGAGACAGACAAGAAACAAAUCCCUGCUAUGGACACACCGGGCUUGUGUGUGAGUGGAGGGCUGUAAAUCCUUCAGAGCUUUGGCAUGAACACGAGGAUCAAUGACAUGAAGACUAACUCUGAGUCACACAAGAGCAAAAAUUUUCUCUCCGGUUUUUAAUUUUGAACGUACCAUUACUGGCUAUUUCGACUACAUUCCCUAAAAUGAUCUGUACGUGUUGUAUCAGCGGAAAUAUUUUUUUGAAGCAGAAACAGAAAUGACGUUAAAAGCAUUUUGUCCAGUGGC